AAGUUCCCGCCAUUGCUACCCUAUUGCACAUGUACAUCACUGCACCGUUGACUCAGCAAGGCAGAGAGCAUCCUCCACCAACCAGAAGACGCCGCCGCCUACCGCGCUCUGCCCAAACCCGUCAGUCCGCCAAACGCCGCCCGCCCGCCUGCUGCACUGCCGCAGUGCCGCACCGACACGUCCUAUAAAUCCCCCAAUACCCGUCACUAUUCAUCAAGUCCAGUCGGAAAUGGAUCUCUUUGCCAAAAAGCUCGGCCUCUCUGAGAACAAGAUGCUCAUCCGUAAAGCUGCUGAGCUCCGACGUCAGGCCGAUAUCCAAUUCGAUUCAUCCGUUAUCGGCGUUGGUGAAGUAUGCAAAGCGAUCAUCUGCCUUGAAAUCGCCGCUUCUGGGAUGGGUGUGAUAUUUGAUCGGCAGGCUGCAAUCAAAUUGAGUGGAAUGACAGAAAAGGCUUACAAUAGAUCAUUCAAUUCAUUGCAGAACGGCAUUGGAGUCAAGAGUAAGCUUGAUAUUCGCGAAUUGGCAAUUCAGUUUGGGUGCAUUAGGCUGAUACCUAUAGUUCAGAAAGGUCUAGCACUAUACAAAGACCGUUUUGUUACUUCACUGCCGCCUUCGCGUAGGCUAAGUGCAGAUUUCUCUAGGCCUGUCUUUACUGCUGUAGCAUUUUAUUUGGGUGCCAAAAAGCACAAGUUGAAGGUGGACAAGGUUAAGUUAAUUGAGAUCUGUGGUACUUCAGAUUCUGAAUUUGCAAGUGUUUCUACAUCCAUGAAGGACUUGUGCUUUGAUGUUUUUGGGAUAUCAAAGGAAAAGAAAGAUGCCAAAGAAAUCCAAGGCAACCGAGAGCUGCUUGAUGCUUUGCCUGAGAAGAGAAAGAUAGAGGAUGGUGGCUAUUCAUCUGAUGAGGAUCAGUCUUGCUACAAGAGGCAAAAACUAAUGCACAAACAAGAAUAUGAGAAGUGGAAAUCUACGGUUGUGAACUCCAACCAUCCCUGCAAAUCUAAAGCUCCGUUGAAGCGCACCAAACAAGCCCGGCUAAACUUCCCGAAAAAGGUUUCAGAAACAGAAGUAGACGUGGCAUGACACACACGCAACAUGCUUGUAAGAAUUGUCGAAUGGUGUUAGCAUUUUACCAUGGCUAGGAACACGAGCCAAAAAGAUCAAGGAUAAUGUUUUCCAUAAAUUAUUGUUAGUUGACAUCUGAGGUGGGGCUGAAAAUGCUUACUGGUUUUACUGUCUACACAACAGCAGUUUUGUUUUUGGUAUAUGAGUAUAUGAUUGAGUACGAUUUAUGCUCAAGGUGCUCAAAUGGAAUCAAAAUAUUGUGUGUUGAAAUAUAACAUGGUAGAGUAAUUUUAAAC